GUUCACUAGAUGGGAGAGGUGUGCCAAAAAUAUCCCCAGAGACACAUCCGCCACAUAAUAGUUACCGAAAACUGGAACAUGUUGCAGUUCACUAGUCAACCAAAGAGGUGUACCAAGAAGAUAUAGCCAGGUACAAUUUGAGCGUCUCAGUAGUCUCCGAUGACAUUAAACAUGGUAUUGUAUCUCUUUACCCUCCUGAGUUUCUUCGCACUACCAAUGGUGGCGGAGGGAGAAAGAAUGUGCGCUGUCUACACCAUGAUAAGUCAUGGCAGUAUGAUUCGUAGUGGAAGCCAAGAAUUUGCCAGCGAGCAGUGGUACAAAAUACACCGAUAUUUUGGUCGAAACACAAACGCCAGCAUCGCAGCUGAAGGGAGGAAGUUCCUACAGUUUUUGAAGGAAUGGUAUGGAAUCGAUGUGUACGUUGCCGACGAUACCUUGUCAGGGGUUGAUCCAACUCCUGUGUUUUUCGAGACCAUGGCAGUUAACUUUACUUUCAAAAUCGUGACUCUUCCGCAGUCUGCCAAUUUUAGACUUAAUUCGGAGUCACGUGACAAUGAAGUUCGUUUUUAUGAUUCACAGAUUUGCUUAAUUACAUGGUGGAUUGUGAUCAAAAAUGAGUUUACUGUAACAGAGGGUCGAAAUCAGGGAAUGGUCGUCCCGGCAAGUAGUAUGAUUGGGUUACAUUAUUACAAUAUAAAACCUGGGCACAAGGGGUUCGAUAGCGAAAUUAAGCUACGUGGAGAAAACCGUGUUCCUGUUCUUUCAAUUCCCACCCCCUUGGGCCAAGACACUAAUCUGACCGGGUAUGACAUCACAGAAGGAACGUACGUCGUCUACAAUCAGUAUGUCACCAGUCUGACGAGGCCAGAGUUCGGUGACGGCGUGGCGCGUGGGAUCUCUCCUCGAUAUGUGCAUGGAAACGAAUUUGUGAAUGAUGGUAGAAUGGUGGUCACCUUCUACUGUAACCGUACCGAGUUCCGUCUGCCAUAGAUUGACUUUAAUGCAAACGGAUUUUUAAAUAUAUCUUUUUUGCUUCAUGGUUUUCAGUUUUUAUUCUGAACCAGGGGGAUUUAUUGUAAAGGUUGGG